AUGGCACCACUUGUGUUGAAAAUCAAAGGUAACAAAACCUUUUCUCCAUUUUCGACACUAGCCUCCGAGGACGAUCUUUCAAGGGCAUGGCGGGUGUGCUCCAAAGUCAAGGAUUCGCUUGAAAAUGGCUCCCGCUUGGAAAAUUUAUCUUGGAGACUCUGGUUUCGACAGCAUUUAUUGACGGAAAAAUCCAAGCAAAAGUCGUUUCGAAAACUAUCGCUUACUACCGCACGAAGAUUGAGCGCAAACAAAAAUUUACCAUUAAAGGAGUUGACUGUAAAAUCCGAGGCAAUGACAGCAAUCCCCCUAGACAUAUUCUCCCAACAGCAGCAGCAGCAGCAAUAUCAACAACAUAUGGUGCAACAGCAGCAACAGGAUUUACAGCAGCAAUUACAGCAACAGCAACAGCAACAGCAAAUGAUGCAACAGCAACAGCAACAGCAAAGCAUGAUCAUUCCUGUGGAAGAUCAAUCCUUGUUGGGCGCCAAUUUCUUUGGAACAAAUACAUCUGCCGCAUCAGCAAAUGUCAACACCAACUUUGCAUUACCUCAGUUCACAUCGGAUCAAAAUACUGGAGAUAUUGUCGAGUUGGACGACAUAUUCAAUGCAUUCAAUGGGAACAGCUUUAAUAUUCCUACCUCAAAUGAUAUGAAUAUGGCUGAUGGGUGGGAUUUCGGCUACCCAUCUCCUACCAAUCCCUAUUACUCGCCAUCUCAGCCCAAUAUCACUACAACCCCACCAUCUCCAAAUUCUCAACAGCAACAACAACAAAUCAGUACCAAUAAUAACACUAAUGCCACAAGCCCUCAUUUAUUAGGAGCAUUCGACAAUAGCUUAAUACAUCCUCAACAACAGCAGCAGCAACCACAACAACAGUCUCCAUCACAAAUAAUACCCCAAAAUGAAGGUGAUGCCAUGUACGUUUCUGGAUCUGCCAUGCCACCUCCCCCAACUGCUACUCUGAGGAACAAGAUUUUGGGCACCAUGCAUCAACAACAAAUGCGAUUCAACAGUUCCAGCCAAAGAAUGAACAGCAACAAUCACCAAACACCUCCCAUGUCUGCCUCUUCUAGUGCAUCGACUAUGGAUUCCGUUCAAAUGGGCUCACUGAUGGAUGACAGUUCGAUUGGCACCAACAUUAUGAACCAAUCUCAAUGCAAUAGGUAUACGGAAUUUUCGGACAGUCUUCAACAAAGAAGAUUCUCUGCUUCGGCUCCAAAUUCACCUCCUAUGCUUGCUCAUGGUUCAUUUGAAGCAGCCAAACUCAAAAAGACGGCAGCCUUGUCUUGUAGUAUGCCUGGCAGUUUGGACAGCCAAGCAAAACCCGUGUGCACAAACUGCGGUGCUACAAGUACUCCCCUGUGGAGAAGAUCAGCAGAGGAUGAAUUGUUAUGUAAUGCGUGUGGUUUAUAUCAAAAAUUGCAUAACGCUCCCAGACCUAAAACGUUGAAGCCCCACAAUGCAAGAAAAGAAGCAAGGGAUGACGAGGCUUCACAGUUGGUGUGUUCAAAUUGUUCAACAACGACAACGCCAUUAUGGAGAAGAGAUGAUGAAGGUGCUCCACUGUGUAACGCAUGUGGUUUAUAUCUUAAAUUGCAUCAUGAGCGUCGACCUUUAUCUAUGAAGACUGACAUAAUCAAGAAGAGGCAAAGAUAUGAAAGUAACACAACAGCGGCAAAUACACAGGCUAGAAAGAGUAGUAAAAAAUCAAAGGGAGAUACACCUGGAUCACCGGGAUCACAGCCAGAAGAUGCUUCUCCACCUACUCUGAAUACACCUACAGCAUAUCAACAACCAAUGUACUUGAACACACCUACAUUGGGAACACCUACGUUGGGAUUCCCAGGCUACAGCCCACCGUUUAACAACACCAAUAACACCAAUACAAAUACUAAUAACAAUACAUCGCCACCACAAUUACAAGGAGGAUACCAGCAACAACAGCAGCUAUUUAAUAGUAGUCCAAGUACAGCACAUUCGCCUUUGGAUGAAAUCAUGACAAACAAUUAUCUGUAG